AUCGAAGCAAAAGUUUCUGGUAUAAUGCCCAAGAAACUUAAACAUGAGAUAUUUAUAGUAAUAAUUGAUGAUAAAGAGGAAAAAUAUUGUCAAUGGUAGGUGACAUCGUCCGCCUGUAUGAUCAGUUGAAAACAGAUCCAGGACAACCGUGCGGACGAGAUAAGGAUGCAGUAGAUUACUACGAUGUUCUCUUGAAACAAAUAGAUGAUGAAAUCAAAGGUCCCCCAUCUGGGCAAAAUGAUCUAGUCAAUUUUCUCGUUGGUAGAUUAACCCAGGAUCUCAGAAAAGUUCCAAAGAUGGAACACAUAUUCAAACUAAAACCAGAACAACAACACCUGAAGAUAUUGGAAAUUUUGAGACAAAAGCUAGUUGUCAGGCAACAAGAGGAAAAGCGACGAUAUCUUCUGGCUGAGAUGGAAGAAUGCAUGAUGGCGUCUACUGCAGCAUCGGAUUCGUGCAUGGGUCGAUCGGAGGAAACAACAGAGUCGAUGUGGAAAUUAGCAGUUACAAGAUCACCGGCCGAAACUGAUGUUACAAGACUAUUCAGCACUUAUCCUGUCGAAGCCGUUGGUGCCUUUUUAGAUAUUAUAGCGGAAGACAGACAAGCUAUCCUAGUGAGAAAACAACGUGGGGAGAAAAAUCAGAUUGACAGUAUGAGAGCCGAGGUAUAUAAAGAAGUUCAAUUUGGAAAGGCAGAGUACAACAAAGCUCGAGCAAUGUAUAGGGAGUGGAAUGACAUACUAUCCAACGUUGAAGAAAUAAUGUAUUUGAUUACCAAUGAGGCUAUGGAUGAAGUGCCUAAACAUAACGAAGAACUUUUAACCAACAUGGUAACAAAUAUAAAACAAACUGAGAAAUUGGUUAUCGAAGAAGCGCAACGGGGUGAAAUGUUGACUGAAAAAAUAGCCGAUGCCAAUGAAUGGAAAUUCUCCGUAUGCGACGACGAUGGAAAGAAUGCUUCUUGGGAUAUGAAAAAUGUAAUAGACAACAUGCGUGAUGAAGUAGAAUCCUACAAAUUAUUGAUCCAAAACCAGAGGCAGAGAAUUGAACAACUCCGCGAUCAACUAGAUUAUCAAUGAGUUAUAGCAACGGCAAAAUUUUGUAAAAAUAUUAAUUUACCAUCAGCGAAACAUUUGUUAAAUCUUUGAACGAAUGGACUCCAUCAAUUUUUGUAAGUAAACCUUGCAGUUUUACAUAGGAAUGAUGGUAUCGAAGUAUUGCGCAUUCAUUUUUUCAGUCAUCACUAUUUGCAACUAAUUUUGUAAAUCAUUUUUAC